AGAUUUCUUCCUUGUCAUGUACUUGUCUAGGUUUUGAAUCUAUGGUGUAUGCAGUUACUGAUUGUAACUUUUGUUGCUCACUCUUGAACUGAUUUGAGUUGACCAAUAUCUGUUUUUGUUUUUGGAUCUAGUUUUACCAACUUGUCAUUGUUUAUUUUUUUUAUGUCAUCAAGUCUUGUGUCAGCUUGUGUUGAAAUUUUCUGGCUUGACUCAAGUUUGACUAAUUUAGCUUUUCCUGUUGUUGUUGCUGGAGGCUUUGUUUUUAUGAUUAGUAGAGAGAGUUUAGUGAUUUUGAUAAAUGAUGGCAUAUGUAUGAUGAAAAAAUUUGAAUUUUUUUUUUUUUUUUAUGUUUGUUGACUAAUUGUGUUGAUCUUGUUUGCACCUGUUUGACCAAUUUGAGUUUUGGAAUAAUUUCAAACUCAAUGAUUUUGUUUUUCAGAUAUUCAUUCUUCUUUCACGGCUUAGUUAACUCUCAGAUCUGUAUUAAUCCUUCAUGUUAUUAGGCAAAGUGGCAUUGGUUACAGGUGGGGCUUCAGGAAUUGGAGAAAGCAUUGUUCGCCUCUUCCAUAUCCAUGGUGCUAAAAUUUGUAUAGCUGAUAUUCAAGACAACCUUGCAAAGCAAGUCGUUGAAUCACUUGGUGAUGAAGCAAAUGCAUGUUUUGUCCAUUGUGAUGUUGCUGUAGAGGACGAUGUUGGCCAUGCAGUGGACUUCACUGUGAGUAAAUUUGGCACCCUUGACAUUAUAGUCAACAAUGCUGGAAUUUCUGGAUCUCCUUGUUCUGAUAUCCGCAAUGUGGACUUAUUAGAAUUUGAUAAGGUAUUCAAUAUAAAUGUGAAGGGAGUAUUCCAUGGAAUGAAACAUGCUGCUAGAAUUAUGAUCCCACAAAAGAAGGGUUCAAUCAUUUCUACUUGCAGUGUUGCAAGUGCCAUAGGGGGCAUAGGACCGCACGCAUAUACAGGGUCAAAGCAUGCUGUGUUGGGACUAACAAAAAAUGUUGCAGCUGAAUUGGGGAUUCAUGGAAUAAGAGUGAACUGUGUGUCACCUUAUGGUGUCCUAACAGAUUUGGCUUUGGUUCAUUUGCCUGAGAACGAGAGAACUGAGGAUGCAAAGGUCGGUUUUCGUGCUUUUGUUGGGAAAAAUGCCAACCUGCAAGGUGUAGAAUUAACUACUGAUGAUGUAGCUAAUGCUGUGCUCUUCCUAGCAAGUGAUGAUGCAAGGUAUAUAAGUGGAGAGAAUCUUAUGAUUGAUGGAGGCUUCACCAGUGUUAAUCACUCACUCCAAGUUUUCAGAUGAUAAGUGGUGUUUUACUUGUUAAUUUACUUGAGCAGGGUUUGGGACAUUGGAAUCAUGGUAUUUGCAAGGAUGGUGUUUCAUUUAAUAUAUGAAUAAUAUGGAAGAAGCUGCUUUAAAGUAAUCCGUUUCAUUGUG